AAAUAACAAAACGUCGUCGUAGAAUUUAGGAAAAAAAAGCAAUAAAAUAUUAUUUAAAAUCCAAUUCAUCAAUUAAUUUAGCAAUUUUAGGUUUAGUGAAACUAUUCUAAAUAAACGCAACAUACGUUGAGGAAAAAAUUUUCUCUGUCAGAAAAUGGCAGCAGAGGAAUUUUUGUGGACUAUUGUUACUGAAGCUGGAAGCUUUUAAAACAAAAUUCUUCGCAUUUUGACAAAAUUAUUGGCCUAAAACCCCUCCUUAUUGUUAGAAAUUAAUGCAAAAAACCGAAACUUAGAUGGACCCAAUACAGAUGAACCCUGCCUAAAAACCCUUUCUACGAAGAGAAAGAAAAAAUCCUUGCCUAAAAAAAAACUAAUAUUUAGAACCUUUAGCAAUAUAUCGUUAGAAACUUGUUACUCUCUUUAUUAAAUUAUGCGUAAAUAUCAGCAAUUGACGUUACUCUUACUCACCGUGCUGAGCGUGAGCAUUCUCGUGAUGUACAAACGGGAAAACGCCAAACUCAAGUACGUCCUCGAUGUGGUGAACUUUUUCGGGCGCAACGAUGCCGACGCGAUUCUCAAGCUGGAAAAUGACACGGUGCAGUCGGCAAAUGUAUACGAUCUCGGGUAUCCGAUGGCGUCGUGGCAGUGGAUCGGAAACAAUUUUCACGCAUAUUCCGCCUUUUGGAAGCAAGGCUCGGUGUCGGAAAUUACUGCCUUGGUUGUCGGAAUGCCGAAUGUCGCGGUGAAUUUCAAGUGCUUUGUCCGAUUUGCCGACAAAGGCAAGAUGAAAGGACGCUUUUCCUUUGCCCGCAUCCACGAAAACCUCUCGAAGGACUUUAAAUUUUACAAGUUUUAUUGUAAGUACGACGGAAACAUGCGAAAAGUAGUUGCUGUGACCUUAACCAAUGUCGACACGAAGCAGGAACAUACUUUAUUGACUCGCGAUUUGCAGAACAAACAGAUUCGGGAGAAGAUUCCGUUAACGGUGUGUUUGGAUUUGAGCGGAUACAACGAAAAUUUGGAUAGUUUUGCGAAUGUCAUCAACGUUCAGCAGUUUUUCUACCAUUAUCACAUCCUUGGGGCGACGGAAUUCAUCGUUUAUGGCACAAAAGGCAUGACAACGUUCCUCAAGAACCACUUGCUGCGCCAUGGCAUCCAACCGAACGUGUUUCCGUACAAUUUCCCGUUUGACGAGACCACGCAGAAACCAAACCGUGCCAUUAUCACGAUCGACUGUCUCCUGCGUACCAGUAACGUCGCACAAUUUGCCGUAGUUGCGGGAAUUAACGAGUAUCUCUAUCCAUUUGCGGCCCGUUUCAAGCCAAACACCGAUUUUUACGCGUUCCUGGAGCUGUACGAGGACAAAAGCAACGGAGGCGCCGCACAAUUUCAAGUUCCCACACGCCAAAUUUGCAUUUCGCCACACAACAAACUAAUUUUAGCCGACAAUAAUAUGAGUGAAUUGCUGCCGAAGGACAGCGAAAAGUUCUAUCUGUAUCGACCGCAGUACGAGAACGAUGCGAACGGGAACGACGAGCACAAUGGCAGCGACAAGAACGACGUGAAAACAAUUAAACUAGAUGAAAAUCGAAUUUCCCUUAAUCGGUACGUGAAUUGCACAGAUACUGCCAACGUUUUUGAUUGGCGACACAAAAUUGACGAGAAUAGUUUGCGGUACAUUGACACUAUUUCAAAGGAAUUAAAUUUGUAUUUGAUGCAGUAGAGAAAAAAAAAACAACGAGGAAUUUAUAUUAAAAAAAAUCUUUAAACAUUUAUUAGAAGUAGAUGAGAUCUUGUGAGUGAUUAGAUGCCAAUAGCAUAAAAAGUCGUUCCAAAUUUUUUUGAAUUCAAAAGUUUUUUUUAUUGAAAUUUUUACAAAUUUGAGCAGAAAAUCUCAUAAAAUGAAGAAAAAAUUUAACAAAAAUCGAAUUAUUUUCAAAGUUUUUGAA